AUGCCCUCCUGGGCCCUCUUCAUGGUCACCUCUUGCCUCCUCCUGGCUCCUCCAAACCUGGCACAAGUCACCAGCCAAGAUGUCUCCUUGCUGGCCUUGGACUCAGAGCCCCUGAAAUGUUUCUCCCAAACAUUUGAGGACCUCACUUGCUUCUGGGAUCAGGAAGAGGCAGCACCCAAUGGGACAUACCAACUGCUGUAUGCCUACCCAGGAGAGAAGCCCCGUGCCUGUCCCCUGAGCUCCCAGAGUGUGCUCCGCUUUGGAACCCGAUACAUGUGCCAGUUUCCAGCCCAGGAUGAAGUUCGCCUCUUCUUUCCGCUGCACCUCUGGGUGAAGAACGUGUUCCUGAACCAGACUCUGACCCAGCGGGUGCUCUUUGUUGAUAGUGUGGGGCUGCCGGCUCCCCCCAGUAUCAUCAAGGCCAUGAGCGGGAAUCAGCCAGGGGAACUUCAGAUCCGCUGGGAAGCCCCAGCUCCCGAAAUCAGUGAUUUCCUGAGGCAUGAACUCCGCUAUGGCCCCAUGGAUUCCAGGAACUCUACUGGCCCCACAGUCAUGCAGCUGCUCUCCACAGAAACUUGCUGCUCCACUCUGCAGAGGCCGAACUCAGUCCCUGCUGCGGACCAGCCUCCAUGUGCUCAGUCCACAGUGCCUCAACAGGAUGGACCGAGGCACACCUCCUCAACUAGAGAAGCUCCAUCUCUUACAUUCAAGGGUGGAAGUUGCCUCAUCUCUGGGCUCCAUCCUGGCAAGUCCUACUGGCUCCAGCUGCGCAGCCAACCUGAUGGGGUCUCUCUCCGUGGCUCCUGGGGAUCCUGGUCCUUCCCUGUGACUGUAGACUUGCCCAGGGAUGCAGCAACAAUUGGACUGCAAUGCUUUUCCUUGGACCUGGAGAAUAUCACCUGUAAAUGGCAGCAACAGGACCAUACUAGCUCCCAAGUCUUCUUCUACCACAACAGGGUCCAAUGCUGCCCCCAAAGGGACCCCAUCUGGGAGAAAUGUGAAGAGGAGGAAACAAAUCCAGGAUUACAGUCCACUCAAUUCUCCCGCUGCCACUUCAAAUCUCGAAAUGACAGUGUUAUCCACAUCCUUGUAGAAGUGACCACAACCCAGGGUGCUGUUCACAGCUACCUGGGCUCCCCUUUCUGGAUCCACCAGGCUGUGCUCCUCCCCACCCCAAGCCUGCACUGGAGGGAGGUCUCCAGUGGGCAUCUGGAGUUGGAGUGGCAGCACUCAUCAUCCUGGGCAGCCCAAGAGACCUGCUAUCAGCUCCGAUACACGGGAGAAGGCCAUCAGGACUGGAAGGUGCUGGAGCCGCCUCUCGGGGCCCGGAGGGGAACCCUGGAACUGCGCCCGCGAUCUCGCUACAGCUUACAGCUGCGCGCCAGGCUCAACGGCCCCACCUAUCAAGGCCCCUGGAGCGCCUGGUCGGACGCAGCGAGGGUGGAGACCGCCUCCGAGACCGCCUGGAUCUCCUUGGUGACCGCUCUGCUCCUGGUGCUGAGCCUCAGCGCCCUCCUGGGCCUGCUGCUGCUGAGGUGGCAGUUUCCUAUGCACUACAGGAGAUUAAAGCAUGCCCUAUGGCCCUCACUUCCAGAUCUGCACCGGGUCCUAGGCCAGUACCUUAGGGAUACUGCAGCCCUGAGUCCGCCCAAGAUGACAAUCACAGAUACCUAUGAAGAAGUGGAACCCAGCCUCCUUGAAAUCCUACCGAAAUCCUCAGAGAGGACUUCGUUGCCACUGUGUUCCUCCCAAGUUCAGAUGGACUACAGAGGAUUGCAGCCUUCUUGCCUGGUGACCAUGCCCCUGUGUAUGUGCCCAUCCAUGGCUGAGUCAGGGUCCUGCUGCACUACCCACAUCGCUAACCAUUCCUACCUACCACUAAGCUGCUGGCAGCAGCCCUGA